AUGCGAAUCCUGAAUGAUGAUGACUUCCCCUGGGCCAGCAUAUCCGGCUUCGAUUUUUUCGUUCACAUGGCUGAAACGGGUGAAUCCUUGCCCUCAGGCCGCGCCUUUGUCAACGACUGGCUCCUUGGCCGCAGAAAAACAUGCUUGUCUAGCGCCAAGACCCCUAACGGCCCCGCUAUCUUCCGCGUAGCCAAGUUAUGCCGCCUGUCGCCACUUCCCGAGGUUGGAAGCAGUUGGGGGAUAGAGUCAAUACAAGUCGGAACUUUAGAACGCAUCAGGUUGCAGCUGGACGGGAUUGCUGAUUCUUGGCGUCGAGGCUUUCAGAAGAUGCUGGCAGCCCUGGCAGCCCCGGCAGCCCUGGCACCCUAUCGCGAGGCGCUUCUCGACACUAGAAACCGCCAGGCCUACUGUCGAGGCCUUAUGUAG